AAAUUCUAUAUAAAGGAAACAUUGCACAAAUGAAAAGAGAGAACAAGCAAGGCAGCUCCUGCUAACGUGAAACGUGUAACUGCACCAGAAGAAACAGAAGAUUGAUAAUUUUAGGGUUUAGAUUUUCUGCUACAAACAUGAUGCUGUUUGUGCUGCUUGUGGUGUUGGUUGAGUUCAGCAGCCAGUUCAAAGAUGACCCCCUGUCAAGCAUUGAGGGAGAACAAAUCUGUGCUCAUCUCUCCUUUCCUUACUUAAAGAAAAAGCUUUCACUGCCAUCAUCAGGACAGAAGAUUCAGAUGGAACUAGAGUGGAGUGGGGAAUUUAUCUCAGCCAUUGUGAUGGAGGGAUGUUUGCUUACUCUUUGGAAGUCUGUUGAUACACAAUUUUAUUCCAGCGGAGAAUACCCCAACAUCUCCACUGGGCCAGAGAACUCUGUGUCUGCUGUACGCUGCAGUUGUGAGUCAGGAGACAGUGAAUUCCAUUCCAGAUUUAAUGAUUUUAAAAGGAAGCACAUGGCAUCUGAAAGCGCACAAGGCAGUGAUUAUUUCUGCAUUAAUGAGAUCCGAAACAGGAAUAUCACCAUAAGAGGAAGAUGCAAAGAGAAAAACACAUUCAUCUUUGCAGAUAUAGCAAGAGUGAUAAAGGUUUGUACCAACGGUGAAAGUCUGAAAAAGCGUGAUCUAUUUAAAAGCAAAGAGAGAUUUAGAAUCACUGAUUGUUCCUACACUGGGAAUCCUCAGCCAGUGUGUCAAUAUAAAGCCAUAAAUUACAAUCAGCGUUACAUCGUUCUUGGAUGUGACAACAAUAAAAAACCAAUACAUUUUGAAGAAAGCUUAUAGAAACAGAAAGAAAAAAGGUAAAACUGGUGUAUUUGAAGCUAUUUGACAUGUACUGUGAAUGUUUUAAGGAAUGCCAACAAAAUAAAUAAGAACUGGAAUUUAAUAAAUAAGAGUUAAAUAAAUGGAUGGAAAUACCAGAAAAAUGAAUGAUUAUGUUACAAAAAAGCACUCUAAAAACAAUUAAACUUAUUUGUGAAACCCACUGCAA